GCUCGGUCUAGGGAAGCGAAAGCGAAAGCGGCGGGCGCCGGGACGCCCCCGCUUGCAGAGUGCCGCUGGCAGACUGAAGGGGAAAACGAAGGAGAACCAGGACAAGCUGAUUUCAGAGCUCGGUGCUCAGCACGGAGACGAAAGCCCCCCAGAGCUGCAGUCCCGAAGCCGCCGCGGGCUGAGGCUCCCUAUGACAGGCAGAAUGCCUUCUGUCAUAAGCCGGCCGUAGUGAUGGGCACCGGGGAUGGAUAAGACCAUGCGGUUCUCUGACCUGAGACCCUGCGCCUUCCUGCUGCUGGCGGACUCGGCUCUCCUCUGGCUGCUUCAGGGGACUCUGGGGGCUCUCCUUCCCCCGGGGCUUCCAGGCCUUUGGCUGGAGGGGACCCUGCGACUUGGAGGGCUCUGGUGCCUGCUAAAGGUGGGAGGACUCCUGGGAUUGGUGGGAACACUGCUGCCCCCGCUCUGUCUGGGGACCCCCCUGUUUCUUUCCCUAAGGGCCCUGGUCCCAGGGGCCUUGAGUGCUCCCCCAGUCAGAGUGGCUUCAGCCCCCUGGAGCUGGCUGGUGGUGGGGUAUGGGGCUGCGUGGCUAAGCUGGGCCAUGUGGGCUCUGCUGAGCUCCCCAGGAGCCCAGGAGAGGAAGCAGGGCCAGGAGAACAACACAGACUUGAUGUGGAGGCUGCUGAAGCUCUCCUGGCCAGACCUGCCCUAUCUCGUUGCAGCCUUCUGCUUCCUUAUUGUUGCCGUGUUGGGUGAGACAUUCAUCCCUUACUAUUCCGGUCAUGUCAUUGACAUUCUGAGAGGUGAUUUUGACCCUGAUGCCUUUGCCAGCGCCAUCUUUUUCAUGUGUCUCUUCUCCAUUGGCAGCUCACUGUGUGCCGGCUGCCGUGGGAGCUGCUUCACCUUCACCAUGUCCAGGGUCAACGUGCGGGUCCGGCAGCUGCUUUUCUCCUCCCUUUUGCGCCAGGACCUCAGUUUCUUCCAGGAUACUAAGACAGGGGAGCUGAAUUCGAGACUGAACUCAGAUACCAAAUUGAUGAGCUGCUGGCUUGCUCUGAAUGCCAACGUGCUCUUGCGAAGCCUGGUCAAAGUGGUGGGGCUGUAUGGCUUCAUGCUCAGCCUGUCCCCCCGGCUGGCCCUCCUCUCUCUGCUCAAGGUGCCUCUGGCAAUAACAGCUGAAAAAGUGUACGAUGUCCGCCAUCAGGCACUGCUUCUGGACAUCCAAAAUGCUCUGGCGAAAGCAGGACAAGUGGUGCGGGAGGCUGUUGGAGGGCUGCAGACGGUUCGCAGUUUUGGAGCCGAGGCGCAGGAAAUCCGUCUCUAUAAGGAGGCCCUGGAACGGUGCCGGCAGCUGUGGUGGCGACGAGACCUGGAACGUGCCCUCUACCUACUCUUUCAGAGGAUGGUGCACUUGGGAAUGCAGGUACUGAUGCUGAACUGUGGGGUGCAGCAGAUCCUGGCUGGGGACCUCACUCAAGGCGGGCUGCUCUCCUUCCUGUUGUAUGAGGAGGACAUGGGCCAUUAUGUGCAGACCCUGGUUUACAUGUGCGGCGAUAUGCUCAGCAACGUCGGGGCUGCGGAGAAGGUGUUUCAGUACCUGGAUCGGAAGCCAAAGCUGCCUCCGCCGGGGACGCUGGCCCCUCCCACUCUGCGGGGGCUGGUGGAAUUCCAAGACGUCUCUUUUGCGUAUCCCAACCGCCCCGACCAGCCUGUGCUCAAGGGGCUGACGUUCACUCUACGCCCUGGUCAGAUGACGGCUCUGGUGGGGCCCAAUGGGUCCGGGAAGAGCACAGUGGCUGCCUUGCUGCAGAAUUUGUACCAGCCCACUGGGGGACGGCUGCUGCUGGAUGGGAAGCCCAUCUCCGAGUACGAACACGGCUACCUGCAUCGACAGGUGACUUCGGUGGGGCAGGAGCCUGUGCUCUUCUCGGGUUCUGUGAGGGACAACAUUGCUUAUGGGCUGAAGAGCUGCAGUGAUGAGAAGGUGAUGGCAGCUGCCCAGGCCGCCAAUGCCCAUGGCUUCAUUCAGGAGUUGGAGCACGGACUGAAUACAGAUGUAGGGGAGAAAGGGAAGCAGCUGGCUGCGGGACAGAGGCAGUGUCUGGCCAUUGCCCGGGCCCUUGUGCGGAACCCACGAGUCCUCAUCCUGGAUGAAGCCACCAGUGCUCUGGACGUCCAGUGUGAGCAGGCUCUGCAGGACUGGAAAUCCCACGGGGACCGAACAGUGCUGGUGAUUGCUCACAGGCUGCAGACGGUGCAGAGUGCGGACCAGGUCCUGGUGCUCAGGCAGGGUGAGCUGCGGGAGCACUCAGAGCUCAUGGAGGGCCAGGACCUCUAUUCCCGCCUGGUGCAGCAGCUCCUGGAGGACUGAGAGCCCGGGGACACGGGACCCUUCCAGUAGUCAUCUCCAUGAUCCAGAGUAGCUCGUGCUGGGAGUUUCCCUGGGCUUGUGCUGCUGGGUAGUUGUUCCUAGAGCUAUUGGCAUGGUGGAAGUUUGGACCACGUGUGCUGACCGGGGGUGGGAGAAAGGGGGGUGCUGUCUGUUUCCAAGAUCCUCAUUUCCCUGCUGCUGAGUAUUGGGGCAUAAUACAUCUAUUUAAAGUACAUUUUCCUUAUUAUGUAAAUAACACGUAUACAUAGAGAAAAGUAAAACUAACCCUUGUUUCACCAUAGGUGACCAUAGCUACUGUUCUGCUAGCUACCUGUGUCUUAAUCUGUUCUUCGAGAUAAAUGUUAGCCAGUAUGAUGUAAAUAUUCAUGAGGUUGCCUUUCUGUGUCUUUCCCCUUUCACACUGAUAUCUGAUAUCUGAUAACUGAUAUUUUAGGGGAAGCUAGGAUGUGGAGGGGUAGAACACUGUUUCCUAAUUAACAGUGUUAAUAAAACACUGGUAAUAACUACCAUUUAUAGAGUUUUAAUAUGAUAGGAAGUAUGCUAAAUGUUUUUCAGGCAUUAUCAUAUUUAGUCCUUUUCCUUAAGCCUAUGUGGUUGGUUAUUAUUAUCCCCAUCUUACAGGUGAGGAAACUGAGUCUCAAAGAAGUUAAAUAACUUUCCCAAGGUUACACAGGGGUGGAGUUGGAGUUGAAUCCAAGCCUGACCCCUGAGUCCACAACCUCAACCAGUAAAUUAUAUGAUGUCGUGUGUUCAUAAUCUUGAAUUCAUACUCAGAUUCAGUAAAGAGCUCUGAAUUCUCUGCCUUCUCUCUAGUCCCGUGGUUAUUAUAACUUUCAUUUAGUCUUAGAUGAUCUCAUCACCAAAGAGGUUUCCCCAUCAUUGGCUCAGCUCUUCCAGCUGUUCUUUGUGAAGUCAUUUUUCUUUUGCAGACACAUAAGAUGACGUAACUUCCGUAAAGUCCUUCAAGCUCUUCCCUCCUUUCUGCUCAGAUCUUCCUCACAGCAUGCGAGGUUGUGCAGCUCAUUUGCAGCACCCUUCCCUGCUGCAUUAAGCUCCCACCGCAAACUUCCUGCCCUCCUCAUGCCUGUGCGCCUUUGCAUAUGGUGUGUUCUUGCUGCUUCCUGAACCACCCUUUAUGAUUUACCCCAGUCCUUCAAGACUUAACUCGGGUCAGGUCUUCCAUUCUGAGCUCAGUCGGAGAAAGUAUCCUUUGCAUGUGCUUCUGUUGCCCCAGAGCUUAGCUCUUUCACAGCCUGUAAUAAACUCCCCAUCCCCUCACCCUUCUGUUCUCCCAUUAGACCACGAGUUCCUGGGUGGGGGAAGGCCAUAUAUUUUACUAAGUUUUAUAUUGACUACCUGACACAGGGCUCGAUUCAUAGCAGACAAUAAGCAAAUGUCUGUUGCACAAAUGAAUAAAUCUUCUCUGUUCUCCCUCCACAUGCCAACCACUGAAAAUUCAGAGCUGUGUGCAUUACUGCCUUUUGGGAGGGACUUACCUUUGAAGGUUCCUAUUCUAGGAAAGAGAAACUUUCACGUUCCCAGAAACACCAGGUGCUUUCCAGCUCUAGCAAUGAACGACCCGGAACUUUUGCAGUUUUGGUUUCUUUUUUUCAUCCUGGUAACUGUUGGGAAUGGGCAAAGUGAGAGAAAGGAGCUUUCUUAUGCAGGUAAGCCUUCACUUCAUUCUGGUGUUAGUGUCUCAAAUACCACUGAACUUAAAUACCCAUGUGGAGAGAGACAAUUCUGGCCCAAUUUCUUUCCCUCUUAACCAAACGUCCUUCCUCUGUUUAUAAAAUGGGAAUAAUCAUUCCUGUAUGUCCCAACCUUAGGGAAAUUGUUGCCCUCAAGGAGGAAGAUGAUCUGUUAAAAUUCUUUGAUAGCUUCAGUGUAAUGACAAUAGCCUCAAUAUAAUGACACCUAAUAGUUUAAGCCUGCAAGGUAUCUUAAAAAUAAUAAAGCAGUCAAAUCUUUAUAGAAAGGGGAACUGGCCUGAAACUGCAGAGCUACUCAGUGAUUGAGCUGGGAAGAAAACUCAGGCAUUCAGAUGGGCCUUAGAAAAAUGCAACAGACCUCCGGAUCUUAGGGUGUCUGUAAAGUUGGUUAUCUGAGGGAAACUCCCAAGUAGACCUUAUGUCAGGGACACAUUCUGGAAAUGUUCCCUGGAGGUCAAAGUGUGGAACUUUGGCAAAAGCCUACAAGUGUGGUUUGUUUGGUAAUCACAGAUAUGAAUAAUUCUAGUCUGUUCCUGAGUUCUAGUUCUUUUCAUUCACCCCGCCUUCCCCCCAACACCAUUUGAUCUGCCUGCCCCAUAACCUCCUCCUCUUGUCACUUACCUUCGGCAUCUUUCCCAUUCAGUCAUAUUUUACUCUUUCCAAAGGGUGGUAUGAAUGGAGAGGGGAAACCUUAGGAAACUCUCAUAGAUUUCUCUGGAGCCUACAGACAACCCAUCUGCUUUGCCCAGUGUGGAAAUGGCAUUGAAUUUCAAAUCUUUUUCCCCAGCCACGUAGGGUAGCCCCUUUGCCAUUCUCAUGGCAGUUGUGAUUCAAGAGGAGACUCAGUGCAGUUGUCAGAAUUUUGGAGAAAGGAGUAGGAAGUAAGGAAAACAAAGAUCUUCCUGGUUUUUGGUGCUGAGUGAGCCAAAAAAGCACCCAUCUGAUUGAAUCUGAUGCCCAUUUAGUAAUCGUAGGAAAUACUGGGUUUUGAACCUAGAGUUUUAUGGACUUAUGAAUUAUCACAAUUCAUGUAAUUGCCAUUACAAUAACAAUAGUCAUUCGAGUGCUGUGCUAAGUGCCUCAUGUAUAUCUUUGUACUUUUUCCUCAAGAUAAUCCUAGGUGCAGGUGUUACUAUAUCAGUUCUAAGAAUGAGAAAAUGGAGGUUUAGGCACAUUGUCUGGCUCACAAAGCUUGGAAAAGGUGGACUCUGCCCAGCUUUACUACAAAACUCAAAAGAGUUGCCUAUACUCCUUCUAUCUGCUUAUCUCCUAAUAGUCUCUUUAAAAAUGUAUUUAUGUGAAUAGGAAAUAUAUUAAUGGGGUUUAAAAUUGAAGAGCCCCAACGAGGUAUGUAGAGGAAACCCUCACUCCCAUCCUUCCCAUGGUUUACUAAGACCCCUUGCACACACAGUCCAUGUUCCAAGCUUUAUAUUUAUCUUCUAGGGAAAUUUCAUGUAAAUUUAAGCAAAUUUGUGAAUAUGUUCUUGUGCCCUAGUUUUACAAAUAGGUCCUUAGAUGCACUGUUUUGAACUUUAUUUUUUUAUACUUAGAAAUAUACGACUAUAUAGCACUCUAUUUUAUGGAAGUACUGUAUUUCAUUUAGCUUGUCUUCUCCUGCUGAUGGGUAGCUAGGUUACUUGAAGUCUCUAGCUAGUAUAAGUAAUGCUUUGUGUAGACAUUAUAAUACACGUAUGCAAGAAUACCCAUAGGUUAAAAUUCUAAAUGGGGAGUUGCUGAGUCCAAGUGUAUGUAUAUAUAUUACUAAUAUUGAUAUAUGUUGCAGAAUUGCCCUCAUAAAGGUAUUCAUGCACAGUUCCAUCAGUACUAUAUAAAUUUAUCUGUUUCCCCACAUUCUCAUCAACAUGGAGUGCUGUUAAAUUAGCUUUUUAGGUUUUAUCAAUCUUAUGAAUAAAAAGUGACAUCAUA